UGCAUCCAUAUAAUACAUGGUCUUUUGUCUCUGGCAUCUUUCAUUUAGGAUAGUAUUUCCAGGUCCAUAAUUUAGGAGUUUUAUUCAUUCAGUAAGUAUUUUUUGUGAUUUACUGCAUGUCAGCUGCCAUAGCAAUACAGCAGUGAACACGAUAGACAAUGCCUGUGUUCUUAGAAAGCUUUCAUUUAGUAGCCUGAAACAAACCAUGAGUAGAUACAAUAACUUCAUGUAGUUUUAAGUAUUAAGAUAACAUGAUGCUGGGUUGUGGCUUGCUGUGAAGGGCAAAUUAGAUGAGAUAGUCAAGGGAAAGUAUCUGAGAAGGUGACAUUGGAACUGAGACCCAAAUGAUACAAAGGAGCCAAUCACGUCAAUAUCUGAAGACAGAGCAUUCCAGGAAGAAAGUGCACAAAGUACAGGGCAUGUGGUGAAAACUAGUUUGGCAUACUGAAUAUGAAGUCCCUGGGAGAGAUCCUAGUAGAGAUUCUUAGUGUCACGUGUAUAUAUUAAAGGUCUAGAAUUCAGAAAAACAAUCUGGGUUACAAAUACAGGCUUGGAAGUCCUUAGCGAGUAAGAAAGAUGAGAAUGAAGAUUGAAAAGUGGGCCAAGGAGAGAACCCUUGGAAUAUCAGCAUUUAAAGGUGGAGCUGGGCAAGAAGUAGGAAGAUCAUGUAUUAUUCUCGAGUUCAAAGGAAGAAAAAUAAUGCUGGACUGUGGGAUCCACCCUGGCCUAGAAGGAAUGGAUGCUCUUCCUUAUAUUGAUUUAAUUGACCCAGCUGAGAUUGAUCUCCUGUUAAUUAGUCAUUUCCAUUUGGAUCAUUGUGGAGCUCUGCCCUGGUUUCUACAGAAGACAAGCUUCAAAGGAAGAACAUUUAUGACUCAUGCCACAAAAGCUAUUUAUAGAUGGCUUCUUUCUGAUUAUGUCAAAGUCAGUAACAUAUCGGCAGAUGACAUGCUGUAUACUGAGACAGAUUUGGAAGAAAGCAUGGACAAAAUUGAAACUAUCAACUUUCAUGAAGUUAAGGAAGUUGCAGGAAUCAAGUUUUGGUGUUACCACGCAGGCCACGUCCUAGGAGCCGCCAUGUUCAUGAUCGAGAUCGCAGGCGUGAAGCUUUUGUACACAGGUGAUUUCUCAAGACAAGAAGAUAGGCACUUAAUGGCAGCUGAAAUUCCUAAUAUUAAGCCUGAUAUUCUUAUCAUUGAAUCUACUUAUGGGACCCAUAUCCAUGAGAAACGUGAAGAGCGAGAAGCAAGAUUCUGUAACACUGUCCAUGAUAUCGUAAACAGAGGAGGCAGGGGUCUCAUUCCUGUCUUUGCUCUUGGAAGGGCUCAGGAGCUGCUCUUGAUUCUGGAUGAGUACUGGCAGAAUCACCCAGAACUACAUGACAUUCCAAUAUACUAUGCAUCAUCUUUGGCCAAGAAGUGUAUGGCAGUAUACCAGACAUACGUAAAUGCCAUGAACGACAAAAUCCGCAAACAGAUCAACAUCAAUAAUCCCUUUGUUUUCAAACACAUUAGUAACCUCAAGAGCAUGGAUCAUUUUGAUGACAUUGGUCCCAGUGUUGUAAUGGCCUCCCCAGGCAUGAUGCAAAGUGGCUUAUCCAGAGAGUUAUUUGAAAGCUGGUGCACUGAUAAGAGGAACGGCGUCAUUAUAGCAGGAUACUGUGUAGAAGGGACACUUGCCAAGCACAUCAUGUCUGAACCUGAAGAAAUCACUACCAUGUCUGGACAGAAAUUGCCGCUGAAAAUGUCUGUGGAUUACAUUUCCUUCUCCGCUCACACAGAUUACCAGCAAACCAGUGAAUUCAUUCGUGCUUUGAAACCGCCUCAUGUGAUUUUAGUCCAUGGAGAACAGAACGAAAUGGCCAGGUUGAAAGCAGCACUGAUUCGAGAAUAUGAAGAUAAUGAUGAAGUUCACAUAGAGGUUCAUAAUCCUCGGAAUACAGAAGCAGUGACCUUAAACUUCAGAGGAGAAAAACUGGCCAAGGUUAUGGGAUUUUUAGCAGACAAAAAACCAGAACAAGGCCAGCGGGUCUCAGGAAUACUUGUUAAAAGAAACUUUAAUUAUCACAUACUUUCCCCUUGCGACCUGUCCAAUUAUACUGACCUGGCCAUGAGCACUGUGAAGCAGACCCAAGCCAUUCCAUAUACUGGUCCCUUUAAUUUGCUCUAUUACCAGCUGCAGAAAUUGACAGGUGAUGUGGAAGAAUUAGAAAUUCAAGAAAAACCCGCUCUGAAAGUGUUCAAAAAUAUUACUGUAAUACAAGAACCAGGCAUGGUGGUAUUAGAAUGGUUGGCAAACCCUUCUAAUGAUAUGUAUGCAGAUACAGUAACAACUGUGAUAUUGGAAGUUCAGUCAAAUCCCAAAAUAAGAAAAGGUGCAGUACAAAAGGUUUCUAAAAAAUUAGAAAUGCAUGUUUAUAGCAAGCGGUUGGAGAUCAUGCUUCAGGACAUAUUUGGAGAAGACUGUAUAAGUGUAAAGGACGACUCUAUUCUUAGUGUCACAGUGGACGGGAAAACAGCCAACCUUAACUUGGAGACACGGACUGUAGAAUGCGAAGAAGGAAGUGAAGAUGAUGAAUCCCUCCGAGAAAUGGUGGAACUCGCUGCACAGAGACUAUAUGAGGCCCUGACACCAGUUCACUGAGAACCUAUGACUGUAUAUGUGAAAACUUUAAAAAACAUACUUGAUUCUGUUACUUAAAAUAAAAUGCAUUAGUUUCUCUGAGGGA